AUGGACAGAGUCGGGUAUGCCACCGGUAUGGAGGUACAUCCAAGCUACCUACUCCUGUUCGUGGCUCGUGCGCCGUCGCGGUCAGGGAACUUUUCUCCGUUUUCUCCGGGGCCGCUGCAGCUUGAGCGCUUGAGCUUGGGAAACCACAGCUUCCAACUUCCCUUCGCGAGACUGUCGACAAUCAUGAGCUUACAUCUGCCAGCGCGGCGGGCCGUACAGUCCGCUCGGGCAACCGUCGGCCAACCAUCCCUACAUCUUUCACGCCUUCUUCCCAAGACUCAGCGCCGCAAUGCCUGGUUCAACGGAUGGGGAUCCCAGUCUUCUUCUUCUAAAGAGUCACCGCUGGCCAAAGAGUUGACGAAACGCGAAAGGCAGCAGAAGAUGGCCGACCGCAUGUUCAACCGCACCCAGGGCUCCACCAUCUUCGACGAGGAGAUCAAGGACGCCGAACAGCCCGGCCAGGACGCCUCCAAGGAGAUCGCCGCCGGCUCCACCGUCGGCUUCAGCAAGAUGAAGGAGCACAUGGAGCGCGCCCUCGAUCCCGAUCCCAGGUGGAGGGUACGCUACCAGAAGAAGAAGGUCAUGCAGAUGGUCAGGGCCGACGGCAAGCUCACCCACAAGGAGCGCAUAAAGCAGUCCGAGAAGGAGGUUCACAGCGCCAGCCCGCCCCUGCCCACGAGCACCAAGAAGCUGGUCAAGCUGUCCCACCAGAUCGUCGGCAAGACCAUCGACGAUGCCAUCACCCAGAUGCGCUACAGCAAAAAGAAGAUCGCGAAGGAGGUGAAGUGGCAGCUCGAGGAGGCCAGGGACUCGGCCAUCGCCAGUCGCGGUAUGGGUCUGGGCGUGCACACGGGCGAAGUGCUGAGGACACCCAAGAAGAUUCAAACCAAGGACGGCCGAUGGAUCGAGGUCCAGGACCCCACCCAGCUCUACAUCGACGAGUCCUGGGUGGCAAAGGGCCCCUACCGAGGCGUGCGGAUACAAUACCACGCCAGGGCACGCAUGUCCAGGAUGUGGAGGCCAACGACUUCGAUCAAUGUUGUCCUGAAGGAGGAGAAGACGAGGAUACGGCAGCACGAUGACCGGGUAGAGAAACAGGCCAAGAAAGCCCCGUGGAUUCACCUGCCCAACCGCCCGGUCACUGCACAGAGGCAGUACUACUGCUGGUAG